AUGAUGAGUAAAAUAGCAAAAUUGUAUCUCUGGUUUGUUGCAGGAUAUUUACAACAGGAAAAGCUUUUAGCUACCUGCCGUGAGUUUAUUUUAGAGAGCUCAGACUUGAAAGAAUAUGCUGAGCACUGUACGGAGGAUGGCUUUAUCCCAGCCUGCUUGCUGUCCCUGUGUGGAAAAAACUUGACAACUAUUCUAAAUGAAUAUGUAGCCAUGAAAACAAAAGAAACAACAAAUGAAGUUCCAGCAAUGAUGUCAUCUCUGUGGAAAAAGCUAGAUUAUACACUUUCUCAGAUCAGGAGCAUGCAGAAUUCCACAGGAUUUUCUGCUAAUCAAAGGGCACGUACAAGAAGUGGAAUUGUUGAAAUGAAGAGGCAGAGAAUGCUCCAGCAGUCAGCUCCUCCAAGCUCAGGAUUGUUGUCUGUAGCCCAACAGUCAGGACAACAGAGCUCCUCUUCUAUUGUAUCUGCUCAAGUUUUGCAUAGACCAGCAAUCAGUCAAAGCAUUUCACAGGCAAGACUGAAUACCUUGUUUGUGCACCCAUCACAAACACAGGAGAAUAAGAUCAACACAGGAGAUUUCAUACACAUCCAAGUUCCAGGAUCACAAGAACGAAAGCUUCAUUCAAACUUGCUGUCUCCAGGAAGGCGAAAAAGUGAAUCGCAGAAGAGGAAGAACCCAGGAACACCUGCACCUCUUUCAACAAGCAGAAAUCUUCAAGACACUGAGGAAAUAAUAGUAGAAAAAGAAAGUGAGCCACUCCAAGAAUUCAUAGAUGGUAACUUCCCGCAACUGGUUAUUGAAAAUGCCAGAGAAAAAAUCCUGAGCAACAAAUCUCUUCAGGAGAAGCUUGCUGAGAACAUUAACAAAAUCUUGAGCAGUGAUGGCAAUGUCACGCAGGCCCCGAAGCAGACGGACAGUGGCCCCACAGAACAGGAGACUUCGAUUGAUGAAAUCCUUGGGCUGCAGGGUGAAAUUCAUAUGUCAGAAGAGGCUAUACAGGACAUUUUAGAACAGACAGAAUCAGAUCCAGCUUUUCAGGCACUGUUUGACUUGUUUGAUUAUGGAAAGAACAAGGUAAACAAGAAUUUACCUGCUGGUAUUUCUGGUCAGACUGCAGUAGAAAGUACAAUCCUGGUGGAUGAAAAUAACCUGGAAACACUUGAAAGUUCUUUAGGAACAGAAGAAACUAGUGAUAAUUCUAGAGAAUCUCUAUCCUGUAAAGAUUUUCAUUUAGGAGAAGCAUCAUGUGCCUUGAAGAAUAGUAUUAAUGAUGAUAUGACUAAGAAAAAUACAGCCAACGAACAGUUGCAUGGAAAUUGCAGACCAAAAAAGCAGACUGAAAUGCUUAAAGCAGUUACCAAUGAUCAAAUUGGAGAGCUUGAAAUCACUUUUGACUCUAUGCCCAGUUUGACUGAGCCUAGCAAAAGACAGAGUCCUGACAGCGAAUGUAGUGAACACUGUGGAGAUGCUUAUGAUAACAAGGAGGCUGCUGCGUUAGUAUCGACAAGUGAAGGAGCUGUGGAAUCUGGAGGGGACUCGCUAAGUCACAGUGCUCCGAGUAGUCCUGGUUUGGAAUACGUUGAUUCUGGUAGUUCACAGAUUUCUUUGGUUUCGUUGGCAAAUGGUGCUGCAGCCACUGGGAACAGAGCCCCGUCUGGAAGCAAGUGUCACUUACUGCCAGAUACAUCACUGUCUGAAAAGCCACAUGGGAAAAGCUCUUCUGAUGGGAGCCCUGGACACAGCACAAUGCUAAGAAAAAGUAAUUCCUCUGUUCCUAGGCAGCCAGCAGAACUGGGAAAAGAGCAGGCUGCCGCGAGUGGAGCAGCGACGCUGCCUGGGGUUUUACAGCAGAGUUGUAGUUGCCUCCCCAGCUGUGAGGACCAGGGCCAGCAGUCAGACUGUGCUGUUAGAUCUGCUGUGAAAAUUCCUGAGCUUGACAAAGCAGAAUUGCAGCUUGAAGUGACGGAAGCUUCUAACAAACCUUAUUCAAAUGAUCAGCAUACACUCAAUAAGCCUUGUAGAAAGGACUUUAACCUCCCUGCAGGGCUAUCAAAUUCAGAGGGAGCUCAAAUGGAAAUGCAGGAACCAUCAUCUUCUGCAAAAGUAGAUGCUGAUGAUAUGUUUUUCCCUUCUGGUGGUGCAUGCACAGAAAUUUCUGUGGUACCUGCUGAAAAUAGUCUCACUACACAUGAAAUGUGCCAUUCACCUCUGCCAGAAACCACAUCCUCAGCAGACGAGGCUGCCACCGAGGCCAAAAGCCUCCGUGGUGUGUCUGCUGGUAGUCAGCCAAUGGAUGUUGAUUCUUCAAAUAUCAUGUCCCUCAAAAUCAUCAUCAGCGAUGAUCCAUUUAUUUCAUCAGAUACCGAGUUAAAUAAUGCUGUUUCCAGCAUCACGGGAGAAAAUUUGCCAACUAUCAUACUGUCUUCUCCAGCCAAAUCCCCCACCAAAACUCCAGGCCUGCCCAAAUGCCCAGCUUCAGAAGAAACUGAAAAAAACACGGAUUCAGCGUUGGCAGAGCAGAAUCUCCUCGUCCUCAGACCAAAGGAGCCCGUUGUCAGCUCCGUUAACACUCACAGCGAAGACUGCACUGCUCUUUCAGUUGCUGGAGCAACUAACCUUUCCAAGGAAGGGGGAUUUAUACAGCUCAUGCCAGCAACAAGCACAGCCUUCGGCAGCUCCAACAACCUCUACAUCGCCACGUGCGUGGGCGACCCAGCCGCCCUGGGCUCCGCAGGGGCCCCCUCGAACGUGGUGGUGCUGCCCAGCAGCUCCCUGCCCCUGGCUGCCCAGGCCCCGGCCGUGCAGCCCCUGCGGACUCCUCCCAGGCCCAGCAACACCUUUGCAGCGAGCCAGGCCGUCUCCCCGAACUUCCCACAAGGUUCUGCGAUUAUUAUCACGUCCCCGGUGCAGCCGGUCUUGCAAGGAAUGGUGGGAAUGAUCCCCCUCUCCGUGGUGGGACAAAACGGAAACACCUUCUCAGCGCCUGCUCGCCAG